CCCUCAGAGAGCUCGAGUUGUGUAAAUCGUGUUUGUGUAAUGAAAUCUGCGGCCAUUUAAACACCGCCACACCGAUGUGGAAGUCACCGGCGGCAUGCAGCGGCAUUUCCGAGCGAACAUGGCGUCUGAUUUUCUCUUUCUCUGCUACAUUAUUCUACUGCAGCCUGCAGCUACUGACACACUGAAGCAUGGACACUGUCUUCUGAGCAGAUUACACUUCAUUUACUCACUAUCUUGCUUCAGUUUUAGAAAAAAUAAAUAAAGUUACAGAUGAUUUUGAAUUUAUUUUUACAUCGCUAACAACCUCAGAAAAGCCAAAUGUUUCAUAGGAAAUAUUCAGUCCUCUUUCUACUGAAGAUGUGAAAUAAAUCUAUGAUCAUUAUUAUUAGUAGUAGGUUAAAUUGUUAUAAACUAUUGAACUUUUGCUGAAGUUCAAUAACUAAAGCUUUUGGCUACUGAUCAGAAGAUCAUGAGUUCAAAUCCCAGCCAAUUGGAAAUCAUCAGCCAGAUAGGAAUGUAUCAGAGCUGUGAGUAUUACCUGAUACAGAUCCGAUACCCGAUACAGAUCCGAUACCUGAUACAGAUCCGAUCCUGACCUCCGCUGUUGAAGCUGAGCAUGAACGCAGGAGAUGUCUCGGGCUCCGUGGCUUUGGACUCUGUCAGUUCUGUCACUUUCACACAGGACACUGACGGCACCAUCAUCCUGCACUGUGCUCAGAACGAUGACGGGCCAUUGGGGCCGGACGAGGAACACGAUCCCAUUCAUAAACGGUUGCGUUUGUCCAGCGAGGAGACAGACGACCCCACCUCCACGCCGUCUGCUUACUCAGUCGUCGCACUUCCACUUUCGGAGCGCGAGGAGAGCUUCGAGGUGACGAUGACGGCGACGGAAAUGAACGACGAUCUGGAUCUGGAUCAGGACAGCGGAGAGCAAUCGAAGGAUGAGUUGUCCUCCACACGUAAAACUAACGACGUGACGGCAGUCAGCCAAGCCUGGUUUACGACGAAAGAGGACAAGAACACGUUAGUGAACAAAGGUCACAAGUGGAAACAAGGGAUGUGGUCGAAGGAGGAGAUUGAUAUAUUGAUGAGUAACAUUGAAAACUACCUCAAGAACCGGGGGAUUCAGGACCCUUCAGAGAUCAUCUUUGAGAUGUCAAAAGAAGAGCGAAAGGAUUUUUACCGUAGCAUCGCGUGGGGUUUGAACCGUCCCCUGUUCGCAGUUUACAGACGCGUGUUGCGCAUGUAUGACAAUCGCAACCACGUAGGCAAAUACACGCAAGAGGAAAUCGAUAAACUGAAAGAGCUAAGGCAGAAGCAUGGAAACGACUGGGCCACCAUCGGGGCAGCUCUCGGACGCAGUGCCUCGUCAGUGAAGGACCGCUGCAGACUCAUGAAGGACACGUGCCAUACAGGUAAAUGGACGGAGGAAGAAGAGAGGAGGCUGACUGAGGUUGUGCAUGAGCUAACGGGCACCGAGGCCGGUGAUGUGGUGACUCAGGGCGUGUCCUGGGCAUCAGUGGCUGAUCUGGUUGGCACGCGCUCGGAGAAACAGUGCCGCUCCAAAUGGCUCAACUACCUGAACUGGAAACAGAGCGGAGGCACAGAGUGGACCAAAGAGGACGAUAUCAACCUCAUCCGCAGUGUGUGCAGGAUCAUUGAGCUGGUGGUGGAAGAUGAGAAUGAAAUAAACUGGGAUAUUUUGGCUGAGGGAUGGAGCAGCGUUCGCUCUCCUCAGUGGCUCCGGAGCAAAUGGUGGACCAUUAAAAGACAAGUGGCCAACCACAAAGACCUUCCGUUUCCUGUCUUGCUGAAAGGACUGCAGGAUGUUGUGGAAGCUCCGUCGUCCACAGUGAAUAAAGUGGUGGUGGUGGGCUCGCGCUCCGUUCACGCCUCGUCCAGCCCAGUCACCGCGUUACAGAUCCCCGUACAGAUCCCUGUACAGAUCACACACGUCUCUUCUUCAGACAACACGAGCGGGAGCUCUGAAAGCGGGACGAUUACACUGAACCCCGGCGCGCUGCAGACGUUUGAACUUCUGCCAUCCUUCCACUUGCAGCCCACCGGCACCCCUGGUACCUAUUACCUCCAGACGGGGUCCAAUCAGGGCCUUCCGCUCACACUCUCCGCCAAUUCCACCGUUACACUCGCAGCCGCAGGAUCGCCUGGCUCACCAGAGCAGAUCAUCUUACACAGCCUCGGCGGAGACAGCCUGAGCGACAACGUUACAGUGCAAAUGUCUCACCCUGGGAUCAUAAUCCAGACAGUGACAUCAGAAGACCUUCCCGACCCUCUUGACCAAUCAGAGUUGACGCCAGAGCAGGACUUGGCCAACGAGGAGGCUGCCGAGGGGCCGGAGUGCUCGAAGGAAGGGGAGGAGUCGAGUGAGCAAAGCUCUAAAGACAUGCAAGAGGACUCGGCAGAUAAGAGUUCGAAAUUAAAGGAGGACGCGGUGAACAGUGGGAUAGGUGACGGCGCGGUGCUAAUCGUCCCAUCACCGAGCAGCUUCAUCCCGGCCGGCGACAUCACCACCGACUCUGUCCUUCCCGUCGGUACACUGACAGAUCCCAUUCUUCAGAACCAGGAGGACGGCUCAGACUGACGAGCGCCUGUACGGUGGCCAUCAUGGAACCGUGCUGUCAGUUUUGUGCGUCUAAUGCGAGAGAACAUUGGAUGUUUGUGGGUAAACAAGCCACCGUUCUCAAUACAUCCUGCUGUAGAGGGCUAGUAUUAUCGUGAAGGCCAUGUGGUGUGAGCUGGGAGAGUCAGAAACGUGUGCGUAUCACAGGGAGCGCACACACACACACACACACACACACACACACACACGUUUACUUCUAUGGAUCUGUAUAAUGUCAGAAUAUUUGUAGAUCUGUACAUGUAAUGCAAUUAUGGACAAAGUGCAUUCAUAGAACUUUUUUUUUUUUUAUGGUUCACUGAGAAGAAAAGCAUUACACUGAAAUCGGACUAUUUUAACAGACAUCUGAGUACAGCUUUCUCAUUCACAUUUUAUGAAACUUGCACUGUUUCCAUGUUCGAUUAUGAUCACGUGUUAGCCAAGAGCCAAACGUCGGCUUGUGCGGACAGAUGUUUAUUUAUCAAAGGGUUACUUUUUCUAUGUGAGUGUAUGGUCUUGUGUUUAUUUAUUGAAUAAACAAAAUGUUAUUCAUUCA